AUGAUGUUGACAUUCUUGUCCUCAUCACUUUACCUGGCUUUGCUUUGCACUCCCAACUUUGCUUCAGCCUCGCCGCAUAACAAAGUCCAGGGCCCAACCAUCAAAUGGCAUAGUUGCAACGAGGACUAUAGCUUUCCUUCAGACUUCCAGUGCACCGAGCUUGAGGUUCCGGUGGACUGGAAGUACCCCAAAGGGCCGAAAAUUAGGCUUUUCAUGAACAAGGCUCCGGCUAUAAACCUAGAGGAGCGUAUUGGAAGUCUCGUCCUGAACCCUGGCGGACCGGGCGGAGCUGGAAGUACGUUCCUAGCCAACUUUGCCUAUAACAAUGUAUCGGGCAGCAGUGUGUAUCUGCGAGAAUACUUCGACCUAAUUGGUCCAGAUCCUCGAGGCACUGGUUUGAGUGCUCCAAUCAAGUGCGACCCUGGCCUUUGGAACCAGCGUGUAUCGAAACAGCCCAGAACCGAAGCAGCCUUCGACAGUAUGGUUGCGCACUGGCGCGAGCUUGGUCUGGAUUGUAUGAAACGGACGGGUGCAAGUUUCAACUACUCUGACACGAUCAGUGCCGCUCACGAUCUAGAGGCAAUACGCCUUGCUCUAGGUGAGGGUGGUCUCAACUACCUUGGGUUUUCAUAUGGAACGCAACUUGGCUCUCAAUACGCCGAGAUCUUCCCGUCUAACAUACGGUCAAUGGUGCUCGACGGUGCGACCGACCACUCUUUCAAAAAGACCAGCUUCCCAGCGGUGGAAGUAAAAGACUACGAGAUCGUCCUCGAUCACUUCGUUGAGUGGGCGAGUACAAACGAGAACUCAGUGUUGAAAGGACUCAACGUCUCGGCAAUGGUUGAUGACGUGUUUGCGAAAGCUGAAGAGGCGCCCAUCCCCGCCCCAGGGUGCAAACAAGAUUCGUCGUCAAGCAGUCCAUGCCGACCGAAUGUGAGUGGCGAAGAGAUGAAGACAAUCACCCAAGAGUAUAUACUCCAACAAAGCACCUGGGGGCUACUCGCCGAAGGUGUGAAGGAGGCUCAUCAGGGCAAUGCGACGCUCCUUUCCAAACCAUGGUAUACGGCUUCUUCGAGUACGGACUUCUCACAAAGCGCCAUCUCGUGUCAGGACUGGAUGUGGAACAGCAGCUGGGCCGAGUGGACCAAUCGACAGGAUUUGCUACGCAGUGUAUCACCUCGCCUUCAGGGCGUCAGUGAAGUUACCGCAGCGCAAGCAGUCUGCCUAGGCUGGCCGUCUCCGGUUGUCAACCCUGAAAAGCCGCUGAAUGUUACCGGUGUGUCGACAAACAUCCUUGUGGUCAAUGCCCUGUUUGACCCCGAAACUCCGUACGAGAUGGCUGUCAACCUCCAGACCGAAAUCGAAGGUUCUGUCCUCCUUACCCGGAGAGGGGACGGCCACACUUCCUACGGGUUACAUGGAGACACUCAGCGUGCUAUAGACAACUACUUGGUGAAUCUGACACUGCCAGGUGUCGGUACUAUCUAUGAUACAUGA